ACGGGUUUUCGCAAGUUCGCUGUCUACUUGUCACGCUCGAGCGGGCCUUUGUAUUUGCGUGGCGGUGACCGCUUUCUCGUCUUUCUUGGUGGUGAUACGAAGCGGUUGCGGCAGCUGAAGGAGGUGUUUCAGAAGCAGUCAGUGGCGAUUCGGGAUCUCAGAGGCCCUUGUAUUCACCCGAGCUACGUGUCGACGCAGAGCGCGUUCCGCAAAUUUCUCUUGCAGCGAAACGAAGAAUUUCUCGCGAAGGAACUCGUUGCGCUUACGAGACUCGAGACUUGUUCGGCAUUACCAACAACACUACGCGGGAGUGAAUGCAAUGGCCGAUUCCCGGCUGCCGAUAAUGGCCAGCUUGUGGAGUUCUUGGUUCGCAACGCUGGCAUAGACUUACGCUUUUUCUUACCCACCGACACAGUAAGAACUUCUACUGCUUUGUCCUCGGAAAAUGAGAAAGGUACAGAAAAUACCGCGCGCCCGCUCAUUUUUCGCCUCUAUUUUGGCACGUUUAAUCCGUUCCACGAGAACCACGUCGCCAUGGUCCGCCACACCCUAGACCAGGGAGAAGGCGUGGUUCUGUUUCCAAACGACGACGGCAAUACGGUAAAACGGACGACAAUGGUUCCCCUCGAGAGACGAACAGAGAUGCUUCGUCUGCGAUGCGCAGCGUUGCUGCAAGAGCAUCCGCAAUGGCGCGGUCGGCUGCGCGUCGUUUUACAGCGGCAGAUGAAGAGACUGACGAAUAAUUCAUCUACUUCGCAAGACGCCGCUUCGGUACCAACUGAAGUAGGAUCCUGUGCAGUAGCGGCAGCAGCUAGUACAACCCUAGCGGAGCCGAUUAAAACCAACUGGCCGGGUCGACUACACUGGCGUGCCAUGCUGGAGCGGCAACUGAGUCUCGAGCUCGGCCGCCGCGUGUGCGUUGGUUUCAUGCUGGGUGAGGACAGCUGGCGGUCAAGUCUCCUUCGCGGAGACGGCCACAAACAAUCAGGCAUCUUUGCCCUGCUCAAGGACCCGCGGCUCGAACAAGCGCAGAAGGAGAAUCUAAGGAAGCUAGUGCUGAUCUUUCCACGGUCGAUAGCAUGUGCGCAGUUGGCGGAGAAAGCAAGCAGCCGCGAAAAUGUAGAUCGAUUCUGGGUCGGCCCCAAUGCGGCACACAUGGUCGAAUAUGCGCGCGAAUACAGUGAUCCCGCUCAGAAUCUCUCGUCAACGGCGUUGCGCAAUCUCCUAGGAAAAGGCAGUCAAGAGUGCGAUUCAAAGGCAGCAGAUACUGACAUUUCAAUCGAUGCGGCACACUUGCACCCGGUGCUGGUUCACUAUGCGCUUCAACACAAGCUUUACGCCGGGAACCAUGAAAUGGCACUGACUCCUCGAAAUAGAGAGGAACAGGCGGAGACUGAAGUUGCGGGAGCUUUUCGCGAGCAAAUGCGGGCACACGCCGUGUUGGAGCAGGAAAGGGAAAACGGAGGAAAUCAAGUCUUGAAUGGUGUUGCUCAGGUACGCGAACACUACAAUGCGACUGUUGCCGCGGCGGCUGCGCAUCAACGCGCCGAGUCCCAAUCGGUAACGUCACGAAACACGCACAAUUUUCUAAAGAGUGUCUUAAUUCUUCGCGCGCUGGAGCAUGUGAGGCGGCGCAUCCCGGAGGAAAAAAAGUAUUUGACCUUGUUGGAUCUGGGCAUGGGCAAAGGUGGAGACCUGGCAAAGUACCGCAACGCCGGUGUGUGCCAGGUUCUCGGCAUCGACGUGUCUGGCGCGAGCCUCCGUGAGGCACUGCGUCGCUUACGUGAGGACAAAACCGUUGCCCGCCACGGCGAACUCCGGAAAAUGCGCGACGCAGGCCUCGAGGCGUUGUUUCUGGAGGGAAAUGCCUUUUCGGCCUCCGGAGCAGCCGCUUUUUUGGCUGAUAGCUUUGACGCACGUAAGUUUGGGACUGCGCGGAUUGCGACUACAGGAUCGAGAACGCUCUUCCACGCUGUCAGUUCGAUGUUCGCGUGUCAUUACGCUUUUUCGACCGAAGAAAACGCGCGAGCGCUUGUUCAAACUGCCGCCGGACGUCUGUGUGAGGGGGGAGUGUUUUUCGGAGUCAUACCUGAUGCUGCGGCCAUUCUACAAAAUUGCCGUGACGACAGCGCAGGCACUGCCCGCGCCAAUUCAGCUUCCUGCGCUUCAUGGCGCACAGAUUUUUUCACAGUGGAAUUCACAGAUCCAGUGUCGUGGCGGCGGGCCCAAGCCCUUGACCAUGCAGGGACACAAACAGCACCAUCAUCGGCAUCGGAAGCUUUCGGAAUCGAGUACACUUUCUCCUUCGUAGACGCAGUGGAAAAGUUGGCUGAGCCGCUCGUGCACUGGGGAACGUUCCUACGUCUUGCACGUGAGAACGACCUCGAAUUACUGCAGAGUGCACCGCUCAGCGAGCUGGUACCAUUGGAGCGAACUGAGGAUGGCAGGUUUGAAACCCCUAAGUCGGCAGGUGGAGACGUUGAGCGCCUCGCGCGACAAUACUUUUACAAGGGCGGCCUAAAUCCUGUGGUCGCCGAGUUGUAUCGUAGUUUCAUCUUCGUCAAGCGAACCUCAUCCGUGGAUAUCACACCACCCAUUUUACACGAAGCCGUGCGCGCCAUGGCGAAAACCCACAUCAUUCAUCCUGAAGUAGGCACCCUUUAAAAAGACUUAGCCGUUCAUGCUGUCGCUCCGGUGCGCAUAGCACGAAAAUAAGAUCAUCGCGCUGUCAGCAUCGCAGAAUCUCGCACGUUAUCCAUCUUGGCUUUGCUAUGAUUUCGAACUUCUACAAAGAGCACAAUAAAUUUUAGAAGGGAC